GCAAUGGGCAAUGUGCACUCUUCUGUCGACGACAGUCGCUCUCCCUUCACUUGUGCUUCUAUUACUACUCGUGGCUGCUUCGGCGUCGCCUGCUUCACUCUACAAACGUCAUCUUCCUACUCCUGAUGUCUCAAAGGUGUUACACAAAUUUACAUCAAAUCGAGUAUAACUAAAACCGGUAUCAAUUGAUAGGCCAUCACUGCUACGUCUCCUAUUGUUUCUGGCAUCCCUCAUCUCAUACCCCGCAAAACCUACGUAGUUGAUCCGGUAUUAGGACUGGAGAUUACCGAUUUCAACAUUUUGGCACGACAACAAAAUAAUGAAAAAGUUACACAGUCUCUAUUCGUCGGAAUCUACCUGAAAUUCCAAAUCCAUCUUGGUGUAAUCAAUGAGGAAUUAUACACAAUGGAAUAGAGAAUAUAAUUUCAAAGAACAGCAAUCAUAAUAUUCUUGCAACGUUCCCUCUCUAUUAAUUAUUAUAUAUCAUUAAUAUUUUCGUGAAAUUCAGUGUAGUCAAGUUUAGUAAUUGAAUUUCAUGCAUAAUUUUAUUGUGAGAGUCCGGUUCUUAAUCUAUCCACUGAUAUUUGGAACAGUCUAAAUAAUUUCCUUCUAUGUAAGUGCAAUCCAUUCAAUUAGCUAUUUUCACCAAUAAGUUAGCUUCAAACUGGAUGUACUAUUAUUUACCAGCCAGUACUUGUCCCAAUCCUGAAUCCUGACAGAUGCUUAGUCAUGCCGACAGAGUGAUCUGAAUUAUUUAUUCAAAAUUUAGAAGAUCAUUUUUCCUCUAUUUCCCCUCAAUAUUCGUACAUGGAUUGCAAGUAUAACAAUUUAUGUUGUAUCAAGAAGACUGUAAUACACUCCAUUACUAUUCGUGGAUUACCAAUAUUUUUAGUUUUUUGUAGUUAUUAUAGAACUCUGAAUGGUUACUUGAAAGUGUGCACUCUGAAUCGAAUCCUAGCUUUCUAGUCGUGACCCUAUUUUUUCUGACAUUAGUCGUGACCCUGGGUCCCAGGGACCCACUUCUUUCAUAUUGAAUAUCUCAAUAUAUUUCAAGAUAUAGAGUUAUUCUAUGAUUCUAAUACGUCCAAGGGUUAUUGAUGAACCUAACGAGCACUUAUGUAAAGCAGAAAUCGAUCUUUAUUAUAAUUAUAAAAAUAAACUUAUAAAACCUUGCAUUUUUAGGGUAGUGAAAAGUAACGUUUGGUAAAAGUAACGUUUUUAUAUAAAGUGAACAAAAAAAUAUAGUGAUGAAUACUAUGAUGGAUCUAACAUGCAACACUACAAGAAAGAUGAGGAAAAAAUUGGAAGGUCAUAGUUCACUCUUAGGGUAGUUUUUACCCUACCCUCAAGUUCAUGUUGCACAAUCUAUGCAAAACUUACGAAAUUAUAGUCAUGAAUACUAUUAUAAAUCCUAAAACCUACAUGAAACACUACUAGAAAUCAUGAAAAAUAUAUAACGUCAUAUAAAGUUCACUCUUAGGGUAGGUUUAGUAUCCCUGGGAUCACAUGGAGUUCAUUGGUUUCAGUAUCAUCCUACUCAGGAUGAACGUGAGUCAAGAAGAAUAUGACAGGAUGCACAAAAUAUACCUGAAAAGAAACCCCACAAUGUCAAUGCACACUUUCCCGGUUGGAGUGAAAAUCUUGCGUGGGGAAGGAGUGAGACUCGAAGUGAGGCUGGUGUUGAAGGAGGCUGCACUGAGGCCAGUGAAGGUGACAUUACGAAUGCUUGUGCGCUCAAAUGGCACACUCCGACUGAUGGUUGGCAGGAGUCAAUCUGUGGCACUGGCUUUGCUUGCCCCUUAUGGUCCCCGUUGGGCUGACAUCGAUCUCACUCCACACAUGCACCAAACCUACAACCAAACGUUCCUACUUCUUGCUGAGUGUCAACACUGCAUACAUGCUGGUCAUCAGGAUCCACUGCUCGAGCCUGUGUUGACUGUUCUUUCUGAACACUCCCGACAGAAGCGAUCAAUAGAUGCAAAUACAGCCUGUGAGAAGGACAACCACCGCAAAAGGUGCUGUCGGGUACCCCUGGAGAUAGUGUUCAAGGACGUGGGCUUCAACUUCAUCAUAGCCCCUUACAAGUUCGACGCGGGCUACUGCCAAGGCCGAUGUCCCCCGCGCUUCAAUGUUGCAAGUCACCAUGCCCUGCUCCAAGGCUUACUCUGGAAGAUAGACCACUCGCUGGUGCCAAGACCCUGUUGUGCUCCUCAUGUCUUGCAGGAUCUCGACUUCCUGCAUCUCGAUGAGAACGACCCUUCCAAGCUCAAGGUCACCACCUGGACAAACAUGACUGUUCUCGAGUGCGGCUGCUCCUAAUCCUUCCCCCCUUUCACCAUACCCCCUCCAACCAAUAUGAUCUCAUUAGCUUUUACAUCAAUGAACCCUCAAGUCAAGUGUCAACCAGCCACAUCUACCAAAGUAGUAUUUUAGUGAUAGUCUUUAGUUUAGUUGUAUAUAAAAAUUAUUGUUUCUGCUGGAUGGUUGAAUAAAACACAUACCCAUGAAUUGAACCCUGUUAUUAGAGAUGUUGAAAUUCACUUAAAAUUGUCAUCAUUGUUCUCAUGAGAAGUUGGUAUUAUUUAUAAGGAAUUUCGGCAAUUACAGUGAAUCUCUCUAUGUAAUUGUUUGAUGAUGAAGUAAUAUAAAUUCGAUAUGCCUAUAUACCGUAUGUUGUCUCUUCCACUUUUGGAAACUUUUUUCACAUAAAACUCAAGUUUCAAUACUUGAGACAUUAUCGUCAGUUGUAGAUUGAGUUAAAACUGUACAAAAACUUGGGUUUUGUUUAAAUGAAACUAUUUGAGUAGAAAAUAACACCCAUAUAUCCUAUUAUUUCUUUAAAAAACUCAAACUGUUUUAUCAACGUUGCAAAUUUGUCAACCUUGAUCGAGCAUUUACAUGAUAGGUCAAUAUGAUUCUAUAUGGAAAGACCAGCCUGCAUUUAAACCUGAUACUGGUUCCAACCUAAUCCAUGACAAACUGGAAUUUGAGAAAAAAAACAGCUCUACUGUACUAAUAACAGACCACCAUAACACAGCAAGUUAUUAUUUGUAUUAUUUGUAUAGUUGUGACUAAUAUAUUGGAUAAUAUAUUCCAUCCAGAUGAAGGUUUCAACAGUGAUUUAUUGAAAAUUGAUAGUAAGUAGUGUAUUACAUUGGAAUUUUGUUCAAUGAAAUUAUCAUUCAUUCAUACUGUGUCUCCAGUAUGGUUCGCCUCGUAUUUUUGUAAUAUACUAUUACCAAUUCAAAUAAUGUCAUGUGACAUGAGAAAAUGUCUCAAAUGUAGCAAUAUGUAGAGGGAUAUUAAUAUUUCAGUAUACAUCUCAUAUAAUAAUUCAACUUACGUUCAUCUAAUUACAAUUCUAUUCCUUAUCCCAAGACUAAUAUCCUCACCUCUCACUGUGAUAAUAGUACAAUCCAUCGGUUAUUCCUAGUUUUAGAUAGUUUCAAGCAAUUUGUUGUGUAAUAAUUUAUUCAAGUGAGAAUUGAAAGGGAUAAUUAUGUCAUUAUUUAUUUAGAAGUAAAAAGAUUCUACAGCUUUCUUUAUUUGUCUUGAUCAUAAUUGAGCUGCAUUCUCAUAAAUAUUAUUUGCCGAGGAGGAGUGAGGAAAUGAAUGUGAGAGUUAUCGGUUCGAACAACAAUGCUUAAGCAUCAACUUUAUUAAUAAGUAAUGAUUAAACAUGUCUUGUUCGACUAGACCUGAAAAACUAUUCCUGUUGUGACAAAAUCAUAGUUGGUCCUCUAAUAUCAAGUAAGUAAUGAAUAAAUCUCAUAAACCCCAUACUAGUAUAUUAUUGUCAGUUGAAAACCACUAGAAAUCCAUUCAAGUGGAAAGUUUUUGAGAGAUUCCUUUAUCCUGAUGGAAGUUCCAGUUCCAGUAUCCUGAUUAUCAGUUGGGAAUUUCAGUGAAAUUGUUGCGUUUGUUGAUGAAUUGAUUAUAAUAAUGUUAAAGAUGUACAGUAUUAUUAUGAGUUAUUAUUACUAUAAAUUGAAAUUAUUUAUUGAGGAAAUCUUACAUUAUUUGUAUAUGAAUAGGUCUCAGAACUGAAAAGAAAAAAAUGACAGACAUGUUCAAAGUUAAAUGUUUUUGUAAAUGCUUAAAGCUGUCAUUGGUAUUCUUGAAGGGAUUAUAUUAGAAAUCAUUGAACUUGAUUAAUGGAAUGUGUUGUAUUUGAUGCUUUUUCUUUUUCCUUCCUAUUAUGAAAAGUGUACAUGUAUUUAGGCAUUAUUGGACUGCACAAUUAAUAUGAAUUCCAUUGUUUUAAGCCUACAAACUAUGUACAAGUGAAUGUGUAUAUUAUUUUAUAGAUUGUAAGUUAUUUAUUCGAAUAUUAUGUUGACUAUGUAUUUUUUUAGUCUUGGAAUAUGAAAUAAAGUUUUAUAAUCUGUGCAAAAAA